AGGUAAGCGCAGAUCGUGGAUUUGUGGUGGCGGUGAUCCGCUGGAGUUGCUGCAACCCUGAGUGGGCCAUAUUUCUCCCGUUUCUGCGCCGAAAACCUUCCUCUCUGGGAUUGGGAAAGCGAGAUACCUUUCUUAGUCCUAGCAUGGAGAAGGCUGCGGUGUCAGUUGCAGCGGGAGAUGCGGGAAACGGCACCAAUAUGGUAACAGCGACGAUGCCUCCCGGUGGCGCAGCAGGUGUUCAGACCACAGCCUGUGGCACAGGUCGGACAGACGUUCACGACGUCAUGCCCGAAUUGUACGUGGUUUGUGUGUCCGACGAAGAGAACGAGACUGGGCAGGCCAGUGACGGCGAUAUUGAAGGUAGCCCUCGUGAACGGAAAUCAUCUCAUGGGAGUAAGGAAGAUGUUGAUGACUGGAAACCCCCAGAUGAGGAAUUGCAGCAGAAGAUCAUCAAUCAGGUUGAAUUUUACUUCUGCGAUGCAAACAUAAUUAAAGAUGCUUUUCUUCUAAAACACGUCCGGAAAAACAAAGAGGGGUUUGUCAGCAUCAAGCUUAUUACAUCCUUCAAGAAGAUGAAGAGCCUCACAAAGGAUUACCGUAAUGUCGCCUACAGUCUACGUAAGUCUGAGAAGUUGCGGGUCAAUGACGAGGGGACGAAGGUCAAGCGGAUUGAACCGCUUCCCGACUGGGACGAGACCACACCGUCCCGGACCAUCGUCGCCAUGAAUUUGCCUCUCGAAAUACCGAGCAUCGAGACUGUGAGUCAGAUGUUUUCGAAGUGUGGCGAGAUCUCGCUAGUGCGAAUCCUGCGGCCUGGCAAAGCAGUACCGCCGGACGUGAGACCGCACGCAGCCAGCCAUCCUGAGAUCGGGCAAACCAUGUGCGCCCUAGUGGAGUUCGAGAAGGCAGCGUCGGCUGAGAAUGCAGAGAAGCUGAUGAACGACAGGUCGGACUGGCGCAGCGGCCUGCGAGUGGUGAAACUCGCAAAGAAGAAGGAAAAAGCCGUCAAGGCAAAAGAGCAAGACAAGCUGAAGAAACAAGGGUCCUCUGGUCAGGCUCUAACGCCGACGGAAGAAGGAAUAGCGGGUAAAGAUGACAAGAAAAAGCGCAAAAGGAACAAGCGAAGGCCUGGUAGCAAAGGGAGCAUGUGCGAUGGAGAGGUCUUGUCAGACAACCCGCAGGGAGAGAGGGUACCAGAUGUUCACCUGCUCUCACCACACGGGCGACCUCGCAGCUCCACUAGCGAGGGUGAAGGGCUAAAUAUGUCCAAAGCCGCCGACAUCCGAAUCAGUAGCCCGCGCUUCGAAGCCAGGCCACGAAGUCGUACGUGGAAUGCCCGUGACACCGACUCCAUUGAGGAUACAAACCGCUUGAGAGUUUCUCCUUGCAUAACACCCAAGUCCACACCAACGACUAGCAGGAAAAACACGCCGAAGAGUAGCCCGGGCGUCAGACGCAAAGGCCAGCCGGGAAACAAAUCGAGGGAAUGUGAGGGUGAGGCGACCGUGUCUCCAUCUAGUCCGUGGGUCCAGCGCCGUCUCUUGGCGGCCAGUAGCAGCCCAGGAGUGUCGCCAGUAUGUAGUCCCCGACUGGGUAGACGGCAAGUUGGUGACACUUGUGGGCUACUCCGGCAGCCGAAAGGACCGGAUGGGUCCACGGGAUUUUAUGGCGGAAUCGGUCGAGGUAAAAGCUGUGCUGGUGUCUCACAGUAAAAAUGCAUUUGUUGAGCAGACCCAGUUUAUGGCAAGGUCAUGGUACGUGCAAGCGAUAAGGCUAGUUUUAUUUGUUUGUAAACGUACAUUUGUGAAGAGUAAGACUAAAACGUGUUUAAUGGUUGCAAUAUACAUGCAGGAUUAGUCGAUUCUCUGACACCAUGGAACACGUUUAAAGGGAGAGUUUACUCUAGGUUCUAGGGUUAUUUUCAGCUAAUUUAGGUUAUAAUUACGCUACAUAAAAAGUU